GUUACAAUGAAUCGUGUCUUCAUGUACGGUACGCUAAAACAGGGGCAACCCUUGCAUUACGUGCUUUCCGAAGUUGGACAGGACCGGUAUAAAUAUGUCGGAAAGGGCUACACAAGCACCAAGUGGCCCCUCGUCAUUGCUUCAGAGCAUAAUAUCCCAUAUCUAUUGGACAAGGAGGGCGACGGAUACAACAUCAAAGGCGAAGUUUACGAUGUGGACGGCGAUUUGUUAGCGCAUCUGGACCAAUUUGAAUGCUACCCGGACGUGUACGGCCGUCGCAAGGUUGAAAUAAUCAUGACAACCGUGGAGACGGAUUCGAAUACCGAUUCAAAAACCGACUCGGAGAACGUCACUCGACCAGACCAAGAGAGGACGACAAUGGAAUGUUGGAUGUAUUAUCUACCCGAGCCUAGUCCUACACUUCUGGAGCUGGAAACGAUGGAAGAUUAUGACAGUUAUGGCGCCCACGGCAAACCGUGUAAACCAAUAUAUGUCCCGGACAAGGGAUGGAUAGGAGAACUAACAACGCCGUCAUCAUAAACAACAUCUUUAAAACUUUUUAAGACUUUCAAAAAUACUUCCCUGGCUGAAUAGGACAGAAUGAUGAAAACAAGGAGACUAAACUUUUACAAAUUCAUGAUGCUGUACACGUCUUCUGUAGUUGAUGUUUAUAUUUAUAGGGAUAGUCGACUUUAAGAUGACACCUUCUCUCUUUUUUAUAAACAAUAACAUAAAAAUCUAUACUUUAUGUGAGAUAAAAGGGGUUAAAGUUUUUUUUUAAUGGUAUAUUAUGUUUUUAAUAGAAUGUGGAAAUCAAAUUUUAACUUGAGCUUGAACUUGAUGUACAAGUAUUCUGUUCCCUCAAAGUUUCUCCAUAUUUCCGACAAUUUUUCUUUUCUCACACAAUAUGGAACCAGUGCUGAAACGCCCACACAUCCAUCCAAAUACUUUGGCUGAACGCCCAAACCAGGGCUUCCGCUUUUCUU